AUGAGUCUACCACAGAAACAACUAUGCGCCUGGGUGGAAACACCUGGUCCGGAGGCGACGAUAGAAUUCCGGAACAUCGAAGUGCCCACGCCGGGUCCAGGCGAAGUGCUAGUUAAGCUGGAGGUGUCUGGAGUAUGUCAUUCAGAUCAUCAUUCAAUUUAUGGAAAUACGCCAAUGACGGCUCACAUUGCCGGGCAUGAAGGUGUAGGCAUCGUCGUUAUAGUGUCUAUUGACAAAUGGGUCAGAUGGCUUCAUCGCGCAUGCCGCAGAUGUGAAAUUUGCAAAGUGGACUAUACUCACUGUCCAAACCAGGAUAACUCAGGAAGAGUAACCGACGCCGAGUACGUGUUUGAAAUCCCCGCCGAAAUUCCGGCGACAAUAGCCGCCCCGCUACUCUGCGGAGGCAUCACUAUGUACGGCGCUCUUGUGCGAGCUGACCUCAACGCCGGCGAUUUUGUCGUCAUUCCAGGAGCCGGCGGUGGCCUAGGCCAUUUGGGUGUCCAGAUUGCAAGCAGUAUGGGAAUGCAGGUCAUCGCAAUUGACUCGGGCCCGAAUAAGGAAUCCAUUUGUCGGGAUUCUGGGGCCUGUCACUUCUUCGAUUUUCGGCAAAGUGGCUCCUCUCUGGUGGAUGAUGUGCGUUCUGUCACAGGAGGCAUUGGAGCACACGCAGUUCUCUGUAUCACAGGUGCGCCCUCGGCCUAUGAUAGCGCUUUGGCAAUGGUGCGGAGCCUAGGGAAGCUCGUCUGUGUAGGUAUUCCGCCGGCAUCAUACCGGCUCGCAGUGAACCCUUUCGAGAUGCUGGUUCGCGGUCUACGAAUCAUCGGAUCAACUGUGGGUAAUAAAUCACAUAUGUCGUCGUUGAUGGAUCUCGUGCUUCAGGGCAAGGUAAGACCGAAUGUCGAGGUCUAUCAAUUUUCAGAAUUGCCGGAUAUUAUGGACAAGCUGGAACGUGCGACAGUGGUGGGAAGGGCAGUUCUAAGAAUCCAGAACUAA